AUGUUGCACAACACAGGUCCUUACGGGUCAAACGAGACUCCUGUAAAUGUGGGAGCGGCCGAUCUCUCUGAGUUGGCUACACCAAUGAAUAUUGCCCAGAAUUUCAGUAAUUUUAUGAAAAUGUCGCAACAAACUAACCAUCCGACUUCAGGGCACUUCAAUUUCCAAAAUUAUCCAGGAUUUUCCGGCACAUCCCUCAGUGGUAAUCCUCCAGUAAACAUGUAUCCAAAUAAUCCUUUUCAAUCUGGUUCUGCCAUAUCAAAUACAAAUUACUUCGCUAACCCGAUUCGACACAACGGUAAUCUACCAGAAAACUACUGUUUUAACAACGAAACGAAUCAAGGUAUUACUGAUUUUUCAAAUUACGCAAACAAACUGAAUCAUUUCGAGGUCUCCAGUGACGGUCUCAAGGCGCAGCGGCCCCCUUUUAACGUACCUCAAAUAACACAUAAGGAGGACUUCAAUCAGCAGUCCUCAGACUCAAACCAUGAUAGUGAAUCAAAAAGAAAUGAAAGCUUGGUUUCACCUUGGAAAAAUCAUGAUGGAAAAGAUCCAAAUGAACUUAAUUCCAAAGACAAUAAUCAUCUGGAUACCAAUAAUCGAGAAAAAUCAUUGGAAAGAGAACAUUAUGAUAGAUCUGAUGAUUCUAGUAUGAGUGACCAACAAGAUAAUAUAAAUAAAACAACAUACUCAAACAACACUAAAGACAAGGAAAGCAAACAACAACUUCCAGAAGAUAAUCACAGUGAUAAUUCAAAUAUAACAGGCAUCAAAGAAACUUCCAAAGACACAAAAUUAAAUGACAGUGAUAAUGUUAAACCUCAGGUUGAUAAUGAUUCCGAUUCAAAUGAUACAAAACCAUUAAAUCUUGUUUAUUACAUCAAAGAAGAACCAGUGGACUAUGUUGAUACUAGUGUUGUUGUUAAAAUAGAAACUAUAUCAAGCUGGACAGAUACAGAACAUAUGCAACCGUUUCUUAAAGACAUGAAUGGUGUUUCAAGAGAGGAUUCUAGUCUGGAUAAUGUUGUUGAUUCUGUGAACAGUGUCAAUAAAGCUAUGGAAAUUAUUGCUAAUGACUUAAAAACAGAUCUGGGAUUCGAAUGUCCUAAUUGCUGUUUGCUAUUCACUCAUCCUAAAAGGUUUCUUAUACACACAAAGUGGCAUUCGUUUGGACUCAUCAAUGAGAAAAGGAUGGAAGAUGCCAAAGAGAAAAUGGCCUGUCGUCAACAAAAGAAAGAGAUGCAAAUUUUGAUAAAGAAGGAAGCAGCUGUGCUGAGGAAAACGGAAAUAGGAGUGUUUAAUUGUAAAGAUUGUGAGAAGACAUUCAACACUCUUAGCAAACUGAGGAACCAUAGGCACAAGUUAGUAUUUUUUAAAUUGAAAUGUAAAUUGGUGCUGAAUGAUAUACUUUUUGAAUUAUUGUAA